AUGUGGCCCACGACAGCGAACUGCAUCAGAGAGGCUGCUAGAGAGGUGUUAGGGGCAACGAAGGAUUAUUUAGGAGGCCACAAAGGAGACCGGUGGUGGAAUGAGGAGGUUCAAGGAAAAGUGGAAGCUAAGAAAGUGGCAUAUCUUAAUUUAGUGGUGAGAACAGACGAGGAGGAGAAGAAGACGUGUAGGGAGUGUUAUAAGAAGGCAAGGAAAGAGGCAAAAUUAGCAGUCACGACGGCUAAGACUGCAGCUUUCAAGCGAUUGUACGAGGAUCUUGGGGGCAAAGGAGGCGACAAGAAGUUGUUCAGGUUAGGCAAGAUUAGGGAGAGGAAGGCUCGGGACUUGGACCAAGUACGGUGCAUCAAAGACGAACAUGGUAAGGUUCUGGUGGAAGAGGAUGAAGAAGAUACCAGAAGAUUGGCGGCGGAGUUUGAUGAUCCCAUUGUAUAA